AUGCAUGAUAGCAGCAGGAGACGACGUCGUGAUGAUCCCUUCCCGCCACUGAGUGGUGGUGCAAGACCAGCUUCCGACGGCCUGGAAUUGGUUCCGGCUUCAGAGCAUAUGGAUCCCUACAACAAAUACAGUCUUCCUCCUCAUGAUUCAGGUGCAUAUUGCAUUGAUGAUUUCAGCGGUUUUCAUCCAGAAGCUGAUCAUGGUGGAAUAACAAGUGGAAGCAGCAUUAGAGGGAUAGAUAAUGGCGGGGUUUUUCAUCCUGAAGUUGAUCAUGGUGGAUUAACAAGGGGAACCAGCAUUAGAGGCAUAGAUAAUGCCGGAGGUUAUCAUCCUGAACCUGAUCAUGGUCGAGUAGCAAGUGGAACCAACAUUAGGGGCCUAGAUGAUGGCCGGACCUUUCAUCCUGAAGCUGAUCGUGGUGGAUUAAGAAUUGGAAGCAGCAAUAGAGGCAUAGAUGACGUCAGAGGUUAUUGUCCUGAAGCCGAUCAUGACCGAGUAACAAGUAGAACCAGUAUUAGGGGACUAGAUGACGGCAGGGGCUUUCAUUCUGAAGCUGAUCAUGGUGGAUUAACAAGUGGAACCAGCAGAGGCAUUGAUGAUGCCAGAAGUUACCAUCCGCACGCUGAUAAUGCUCAGUUAACAAGUGGAACUAGCAGUAGAGGGUACCCUUCCCCCUUGGGAGGUCCCAUCUUACAAGGGCAAAGGCUUGAUGCUGUUCCAAUUCCUAGUAAAGAAUCAAAUAUUCUUUUUGUUGACAGGCUUCCAACAGAUUGUACGAGAAGAGAAGUCGGGUAUCUUUUUCAUCCUUUCAUUGGCUUCAGAGAGAUAAGAGUCAUCCACAAGGAGCCCAGACGUAGUGGAGAUAAAUCCAUGGUAUUUUGCUUUGUGGAGUUUGCUGAUUUGAAAUGCGCUUUUACUGCUAUGGAAGCCCUUCAAGGGUAUAAAUUUGAUGACAAGAAAUCUGACUCCCCUGUGUUGAAGAUACAACAUGCUCAUUUUCCCUUCCGCCUCGCGUCUGACAAGGAGGUUCAGCCAUUUGGAGGAUUGCGAUGA